CAGAUGGAGGAAAUCUCGUCUCAAAGUGGUGUUUCUUCACCUAACUUAAAAGAGCAAAUCACUCGCCAAGUUCUGCAAUAUGUGCUGUAUGGCAAAAAUUCAGUACAGAUGGUUAACACUCACGAGACGAACAUAAAGAGCAAGCUUGGUAAUUUGAAUAAAAAGUUAUUCUAGUCUGAUUAGAAACGCCCAAGACUCGUUACGAAACUAUGACGGCAACGUUUGACACAAUAGGCACCUUCAGGAAUACCUUCACACCGCACCGAAAGAAGUUAUGACCGGCUAAAAAAUUUGACCGGACACUUCGUUCACACGGUCCGUUCAAUAUUUUCGCUCGUUCAUACGGAACUUUGAACGGCUAGGGGUCUAAAUGUUUGUACAGUUAAGGUGGUACCGUGUGAACGGAACACCUAAACGCACGAAUUUUCAACCGGUGGAAAAUUCUUCCGGUGCCGAGUGAACGCCACCUAAGAAUGCAAAACAAUAACUUUCUUUGCUGUCCCUGCACAACUGGGAGGUUCAAUAACCAAAAUUUUAAGUAAACUUGAACGGAAAGACGACAAAUUUUACUGUAUCUUUCUGAUUUCGGACGUGGAACCCUCUCCACGACUUUAACGUAAUUUCUUAACUUUGAAAUACAUGAACGAGUUGAGUUAUCGCUAAAAGGUUUGGAAGAACGCGAAGAAUAAGAACGCGUCAAUGACGUUUACACGCUGUGGUAUCGUAAGAUCCCUAAUAUGAGUAAUAACACAACAACUUGGGUCUUACUUACAAUUUGCAUAAUAACUUCGCUUGCAGAGAACUGUUACGUACCGUCUAGUUGUUUAUUAAGAUUUCUUUUAAGUGGCCAUAUCAAGUUUCAUAUUCAAAAUUAAAUUUGCAAACCACAGUAGCCGGCAACCGAACCUUACUAGUUCACAACUAGGGGCAAUCAACACUAGACCAGUCAUGCUCAAGAUUUUUCUUUCUUCUCUUGUGUAUCAUUCCACUUAUUAUGGUAUUUAUUUCACUGUUAAAACAGCAUGGGAAGCUGUGCAAUUAUAUAUUUUUUACAUGUGUACUUAUUUAUUAACUUACUUUGUUGACGACGGUGUUUCCUAAAGAAAGUGGUUGUCAUGUGUAUUCAUUAAAAAGUCUUUAAACGGGCCUGAGUCGGCCUUCAUCGCUUCUCUUUCAAAUGACAACUCUCAUAAUACAUAAAGCACUUAGUGAACAGCAGUUAAGGUUAGGCUUCACGGUAGGAAAGGACAGAGUUCGAAGGAGAGGGCUGGGCCCGAGGAUUGAGAAGGACCUGAUGAUGAUGAUGAUAUUGACAGUAGUGUAAUUAUAAGCACAUUUAUUAUCAUGAUUUUUAGUAAAUGAUGAAAGUUCACAGCAAGAUCAGAGAUCGAAGACCGUGACUAAGCUGAUGGAGAACAGUGACCCCCCCACUGAAACUGACAACACGCAUGCGCAGUCCGAGAAAGCAAGUAUCAAUCUGAGCUAUGCAAUAGCUUCAUUCCCGAAUGAAGUGUCCUUAUGCGUAUCGAGUAUACCUGGAACGGUUUUUGGAGUCUGCGCAAAACAGCAUAUUCCCGUGGGAACGUGGAUUGGUCCUUAUGAAGGGAGGCGCGUGUGUCCUGAUGACGUCACGGUCGAUAUGAACACGUCACACAUGUGGGAGGUAAGACUGUUGAUCUUUAAAUGACAAUAAUAUUCAAGCAUAUGAAGGGAUGUACUUUUGAGGCAUGGAUGCUACAAAGCAUGCUUUUUCAGGUCUGUCAGUUCAUUUUCAUUUAUGUUAAUCUCAACGACACUAAGCGAUCCUUAAUUCUUCUAUAGUUUAUCACUAUUACUGCCCUGGCGAAAUUUGUGCGUUGGGGAGAUCAAAGGCUCCCGACAACGACUUCAGGCCUCGUUUAUAUCGAGAAAAGUUGACCCGAAAAAGAGGGUCACCCUCCCAGCCGAGAAAACUUAGAGAGCGUUAAAAUUAGAAAAAAGUUGACCCCUUUCCCAAGGCAACAACCCUCACGUAUGCUCUGAUUGUCUCACCUUGACCGAGUUGACCCAGCUGGGCGAGCCAAAGUGUUUUUAUGAAGAAGGCCCGGCUAGAACGCGACCCGACGAUCGAAAAAGAGUGCUGAGCAAGCUAGGGAGGUUACUCUUCUAGCCGAGCCAACUUUUUGUUUCUAAUCUAAACGGUUCGCCUAAGAACUGUAGAAAACGUUGUCUCGCCCAGGGUAGCUCGGGUAAGCGAGUGACCCUUCUAACCGUUACAAGUUUUCCCAAACAAACGGGACCUUAAAUUUCGUGCGGAAGUAGCCCAUAAUGGACUCAAGCACUACAGCACUACUCAGACCCAUUUCUAGCGUUCAAGAGGAAAAGGAGACUUUUUUCUCUUUCUCAGAUUUACGAAAAAGGCAAACUUGCUUAUUUCCUUGAUGGUAGUGACAAGAAUACCUCCAGCUGGAUGAGAUUCAUUCGCUGCGCGCGACAUAAGCAGGAGCAAAACCUGCUCGCAUUCCAACAUAACAAAGAUGUUUUCUACCGCGCUUUCCGUGAUAUUCCCCGCGGUUGCGAGCUUCUGGUCUGGUACGAAGAUAGCUAUAUCAAACAUAUGGGAAUACCCUUUGGAAUUGCGGACAGGAGUUCUCCACUUCAUUUUACAGGUAGGAAUGAUAUUAGAGGACAUGUAAGGAGAUAUUUGCGAAUCUCAGUCAUCGAUAAGGUUUUCGGAAAAAAAGGGUAAUGUCCAAAACAGUUACAACCAGUAUACAGCCAGGGGAAGGAGUGGCUGUGCACGGUUAUUCAGUGUUGUCACUCUAUAUUUGAUAUAGACACGGUUAAACUGUACGUACAAGCCAAAAUGACCCCGAAUCUAAAUAGCAGUGCAAGUGUGAAUAGAUCCACAUCAGAAAUUUUUCAAGCCGUCGACUGAACUCACAAUUUGAGCAUUAUUAAGACUUUGUCAAGUUGCAGUAAAAUUGGUAAAGCCGCUCCUGCUACUUAAUAUAAAGCUCGAAUAGUGUACAUUAAUCUUAUCUUUUUUUCUUAGAGAGAGUAUCAAGGGUAAAGCAUCCGGUUGCAAUCCGUGCUGCUUCUCUCGUCAGUGGAUCAGUGCGCGAGGAACAAGAACUCCUUCAUGAUGUUGACAAUGGAUUUAAGCCAUGCCGCGUACAGAAAAGGAGAUCAUCUUUACACAGUUCGCUGGUUGAAGAAGUAUCCGAUGAACCCAAAAGUGACGCUAUUCAACGACUCAACAAGAGAUUUAAAGAUCAGCAAGAAAGUGACAGCGACUCCCUGAUCCACAAUGAGGCAAAUGUGCGACCGUCUCUCGACAGGGCAGAUAACGGCAGAAAGCUCAACACAAGAAAAAAUGAAUUGACCCGACAUCGUAAACUGUUUGACGAAGUGAUAGAUACCAAUGGAGAGAACGGCGAGUUUAAAUGUGGCCAAUGCAAAAUCAUUUUCACGCAGCGUUCCCUUUUAAACAGUCAUCUCUGCUCGCGCAUGCCCUGUAAGCCCUACAGAUGUGGACACUGCCAAGAGGCUUUUGCCCAACCUAAAGAACUGCGCAUGCACUCAGUGGUGCACGUAAGCGAAAAGCCAUUCAAGUGUGGUUACUGUUUGCGGGCGUUCAGCGGGGCUACGACUUUAAACAACCACGUGCGUACGCAUACAGGUGAAAAGCCAUUUCUCUGUGAAAGGUGUGGUAAGUCAUUUUCUCAAGCAUUUCAGCUGAGUCGACAUCGCAGGGUCUGUACACAAAAUGGUGAAUAA